UAACAAUAUCCACCUAAAAUUCUAAAUUAAUUUAAAAAAUCUCUAAAUUUACGCAAAAAUUUUAUUGCCGUCAAAUUUCUGGACUGGUCUUCGUCAAAGAAAAAUAGCUGAGCACAAGGGGAGGAUCAUCGUCAAAGCCAACGAGAAGAAUACUCUGAAAUAUCUUGAAGCUGCGACAGGAAAAAUGGACGCGGCGAUAGGGAAGGUUUUCGAUUCCGUCUCAGACUUCUUCUCCGGCGCUGCUUCUGCUUCCGCCGAUGAGUUUCCCUUGUGCGAUUCCGACAUCAUCUCCGGAUGUGAGAAAGAACUUGCAGAGGCUCAAGACGAAGGACGUAAGAAGGAAUGCAUUAUGCGUCUUUCAUGGGCUCUUGUUCAUUCAAAGAUGCCUUCGGAUAUUCAGCGUGGGAUUGCAAUGCUUGAAGCUUUGGUGGUUAAUGAUACAAGUGCAAUGAAACUUAGGGAGAAGCUAUAUCUCCUUGCUCUUGGUUACUAUCGAAGCGGUGACUUUUCAAGAAGCCGGGAUUGUAUAGAACGGUGUUUGGAGGUUGAACCGGAGUCCGGACAGGCUCAGGCACUCAAAAAGGCUAUAGAGGACCGUAUUGUGAAAGAUGGUGUGAUUGGCGUUGGAAUUGCUGUUACUGCUGUAGGGGUUGUUGCUGGUAUUGCUGCAGCCAUAUUACGCAGCUAAGGAGGAAAGAACCCAUACAUGUACAUGUUUCCCUUAUUUUCAGUGAGUCUGUUUAGUUUCUUUGUGUCCUUCAAAGAAUGUCUUUAUUAAGGAAAAUUAUGUAAUUCCUGUUUUACUAUGAAAAGCUAAACAACAGAACUGAUUGAGGAAGCAUCAAACAGAAAACUUUAUUAUUACUUCAGCGUUAAAUAUAGUUUUAUUCCAUACUAGAAAAUUAGAAGAGAUGCAACUGUUUUAAGGUGUUAAGUUGAGGAUGAACUCUAAAGUUGUUUUCCAUGUCCUAGCAAAGCUAGAAGAAAGGCCUUGUAGUCCCCUGAUGUCUCUUUUGCUAUAGCUUGAUCGAGACUCACAUUGUUCCUCUUAAAGUACAGCCCAGUUAUAUUCGUCAGGUCCUUUUCUGCUCGUGUGACAAUCACACGGUUCAGAGCAUCUUCAUCAGUCCCCACCGUGUUGAUUGAAUUGCGCAAAACCUACGUGCAUUAGGGAUUAACCAUAUGAAUACCAG